GCGUGCUCUGUGAGUUCAGAGCUUCGGCCAGUCAAUCGAAACCGACCGGCUGAAAGUGUGGACGUUGUAGUGUGGUGCUGGCGUGGUUUGUUUACCGAUACCGAGAGGCUGUGCAGCAUCAUGGAGGUGGCGUGGCGUUUCCGGGUCAUCUUCGUGAUGGCGUUUGUGGUGAUCAUUUUCGGCGAUCUGCUCGGUUACGGUGGUGCGCGGAAGGAACCGAAAGACAAAGCCCUGCUCUCGGGCAUCACCGAGGUCGAGGCGAACGGCGCGGAAAUGCUGCCGAGUGGAAAGGAUGCACCGGGCACAAGGCCACGGACAACGGCGCCCUCGAACGCAAUCGGAAGCCUUGAGAGUGAGUUCGAGGAGGACACGGCGGGCCUGUCGACGGCGGAGCUGUUGGCGCGCAGGGAGAAGCUCAAACACUCGCUCCGGGAAGCGUGUCUACCGAAGCUGCUGUGUGAGAUGGCGGCCAAGCCGAACUACUCCUUGAACGUCCGGGAGCGGGAUCUACUCUCGCUGAUGAGGUCUACCACCUUAUCGCUGACGAUGGCUAUGAGUCCGACGAAAUGGCAUUUCGCCGCUCACAUGGGUCAACUGCUACGGGACGCCGGAGACGCACUGGUGACACCGAUCGGAUGCUCUCACCUGUGGCCGAGCUGUCCGUACAGCUCGAAGAAGCUGCUCAAACUGACCAACGUAGUGCAGCUGAAGUAGUAUCCCCCGUGCGAAGUGGGUGCGGUGUGUGAUCAAGUGUUGCAGCAACAAUGGCAACAAUGGCAGCGUGUGAUUGCGAUACGUCGAAAGUGAGUUGUGAAAGUGAGAAGUGAAUUUCGAUGCCACUAUUGGAAGCGAUACUACUAUUUAAGAACACCCUAGGACAUGACCCCGAAUCGACGAAUGGGAGAUUGGAAAAAACGCCUUCGUUUAGUACGUUAGGAUUCUGUUCCAUUAUUUGUUGCGAGUAGAGGAAACGUUAUACAUUGCCCAUGUAUGUUCUGGCAUUUUCAUGGCGUGCGUUAAAUUCCAUCAGCUUCUGAAGCGUUCCCCACCCAAUAACCGUUUCGCGAUAAUUCGAUUCCGGUGGUCGCGGCCCCGGACGCGAUGCUAACAAUCAAGGGGAAGGCCAAUGGGGCAAUGAUUGUUAAGCAGUUCGAUGAACCGCGAAAUGUGAUCGAUAAACGUUGUCAAGUGUGAAAUUAUGGCAACACUGUAAUAAAUCUAGUGUAGAUAGGUAGGGGUAGGAAUAAAGUAGCGACCAGAGAGGACCGCAGUCACCAUGAUGGCUUUAGUCGUAGACCCGGGGGAAAAUUCGCAAAAGUCGAGCCACAAAGAAAUGUAAAUAAUCGGCGGCGCAUGAAGGUGAAGUUAAACAUCAGAUUUUUAACUCAAAAAUUAACAAACAAACUAGUAGCAGAGCCAAAACGUUCGGCUUAGUAUUAUGGUUUAGUGUAAGGUUUUGUACUUCUUUAGCUAUAACGUGAAACCCAAUCCGUUUGGUCAUUUCUGUUAUCCAGAAACGUUCGAAAGACUUACUAGCUGAAGCAAUUUGUUUCCAAAUUAAAGUACUACAAUAAUA